CUUUCAUUCAGCUUCUAUGAGCAUUGCAUGAGUGAUCGCUUGCAACGGCGACCAUGAGCUUUACUCCACCUGAGGGCAAUACAGCUGCCAGUGCUGCCAGCACUGCCAGCACUGGAGGCGUUUCGACUCCGACCGGCAGUGUGGCGAGUCGCAAAGAGACGGCUCCGAGGUAUGGUAUAUCCAACCCAGUUUCCUUGCAGGAGCCCACGGAGGCGGACCUCGUCACCAGCGAGCAGUUGAAGAAGGACUUAGAGCAGGACUUCCCCCGGGAGACUGCUGAAGGCUUGGCCAAGCGAGAGCAAGUCUUGGAGGAGCUUGAGCGCAUUGUCUCCGAAUGGAUUCUAGAAGAAGGUCGGGCUCAAGGAGUUCAGGAUGCCUCUUCGUUUGCCAAGAUCGUGACGGUGGGAUCUUACAGGCUGGGGGUGGUUCAGCCUGGCAGUGACAUGGACACACUGUGCAUCGCGCCGCCUCACGUGAGCAGAGAGGCCUUUUUCACAGCUUUCCUCAAGAAGCUGGAGCAUCAUUCGCACGUGACAGAUUGUGUUCCGAUUCCAGGAGCGUACACACCCAUCAUCAAGCUAAAGCUUAGAGGAGUCAGCAUUGACUUGCUUUUCGCUCGCUUGGUUAGGCCUUUGGAAGAAGGCAAAGAUGUGGAGGAUCUCGUGAAGGAUGAUGAGAUCCUCCGUGAAAUGGAUGACAAGAGUGUACGAUGUAUCAACGGCUAUCGGGUCGCAGAUAAGAUUCUGAAUCUUGUUCCGAACCAGGAGGCAUUUAGAGAAACACUUCGCUUCGUGAAGUGUUGGGCCAGAAGGCGAGGCAUUUACUCGAAUGUCUUGGGUUUCUUUGGUGGCAUUACAUGGGCUUUGUUGGUGGCUCGUGUUUGCCAGUUAUAUCCGAACUAUUGCUUCAGCCAGCUCGUUAACAGAUUUUUUCGCAUCUACGAUCAGUGGAAUUGGUCAAAGCCUGUGAUGCUUUGCGACAUCGUCGAGAGCGUUCCCGGAAUCUCUGGAUUUAAGGUCUGGAAUCCGAAGACCAGCCACGCUGACAAGCAACAUCUCAUGCCCGUGAUCACUCCGGCGUUCCCAGCCAUGAACUCCACGCACAACGUCACCGAAACCACAAAGAGGAUUUUGCUUGAUGAAUUCCGCCGUGGCUAUGAGGUGGUGAAAAAGGUGGAGCAGAACAAAGCAGCUUGGAAGGAGGUUCACGAACCCUUCCCAUUCUUCAACAAUGGACCCUUCAGGCAAUAUCUUUGCCUGGAAGUGCUGGCAAAGACCGCCGAAGUCCAUGUGAAGUUCUGCGGUUGGGUUGAGAGCAAGCUCCGGAUUCUCCACAAAUCCUUAGAGGGAUCCGUGCGAGGGAUGCAGAUCCAUCCCAAUCCGGAGCAGUACGAUUUGAGGAACAGCUCCGAUUCGGAGUGGCCUUUGGGAUGUGGCAUGUUCAUUGAGUUGGCCUUCUUUGGGGAUCAGGGUGGCUAUCCAGGCCAAACAGUCGACUUGAGGCCAGCCCUGCACCAGUUCGCGGAGGUCGUAGGGCAGUGGACGGAGAAGGAGAGCUACACCUCUGACUACAAACUGAAGCUCAAGCAUGUGAAGAGGGCUCGCCUACCAGAGUACGCGCUGAAGGCAGAGGCUGCAAAACGAAGCCGGCAGUGAGCGCGCUCUGCGUGUUUUCGAAUGGUUCACAGCUGCUGAACGUCUAUUUUCACAAAGGUGCAUAUAGCAACAUGGUCUUUUCUGCACAC